AUGGGCAGCAACGCCUCUGUGUGGGGUUCCCAUAGGGGCCCCAGAGGACCCCUAUUCAUAUGGCAUCAAGGAAGGGUUGCAUUGCCUGGGGGGCCCCUGUACACCGCACUGUACCUCUUGGUGUUUGUGUUGUCUCUGGGGGCCUCACAAGCCUAUGCCAUCCAGGGGCCCCUCCUGCCGGGCUGCAGCACCUUGCAGCCUUCGCAAAGAAACUCCUGCAUAUACAGCAGCAGCAGGAGCAGCAGGAGCAGUAGAAGCGUCAGCAGAGGCAGUUUCCCCUGCGGCUUCAUCAAAGCCCAUCCUCCAGCACCUGCAGCAGCAGGAGCAGCAGCAGGAGCAGCAUCAGGUUCUAUAGCUACUAGAGGAGCUCAAUAUUUGGCACCAGGAGUUGCUGCAGCCCCUGCUUCGUCAACAGCCGCCGCCGCAGCAGCAGCAGAAGCAACAGCAGCAGCAGAAGCAGCAGAAGCAACAGAAGCAACAGCCAGGGAGGCAGGGAAGGCUGCAGCAACUGGGCCUCUUUCCGGUGUCUCUGUGUCUCUUAGCACUCUUAUAAGGUGUCCCCAAACUUGGGACCAAACACCCAGUCUCCUGAGGGGCCCCAUAGCAUACGAGGCGACAGUGGUGUCUCUUUUGAAGGCAGCUGGGGCCCGCAUAGUGUCUCCUUCGCAGCAGCAGCAGCAGCAGGAGCAAACAGCAGGCAAUCAUGCGCACCUGGCGGUGUCUCCUCUCCCUCCCCUACAGCAGAGACCAAUUGGCCCCCCUCGCAGCAGCAGCAGCACCAGCAGCAGCAGCAGCGGGGCAGAUUGGGGUGUACUCGCUGAGGGGCCCUCUGUAGGAGGGGCCCCCCAUUUAGCGUUCUGUGCCUCAAGAGGCAGUGUAAGCUUAUUUGGCUGUUUUACUGCAGCAGCAGCUUUAUCACCAGCAGCAGACGCUGCAGCAGAGGAUUUGUUGCAUGCAGCAGACAAGGCAGCAGCAGCAGCAACAGAUGUAGCAGCAGUACCUGCUGCGGCUGCAGCGGGGGCCCUAGGAUGCGGCUCGCCGCUGCUGAGCCCCUCCUGGGGGGCCCCAGGCUUGUGGCUAUGUGCCAAUAAUGUGGGGUUGCUACAGCGGCUGCUGGGGGCCCUGUGGGGCCCCGACGCAGCAGACUUACAAUCUGUUUGUUUUGCAAGACUUAAAGGAGACAAAAAAGGAGACAAAUAUACACCUCAACAAACUGCAGCAGAAAGGAGACACUUGCUGCACCCAAGAGUAGCCUUGCUGCAAAUAGGAGACACAGCAGCAGAGCACCACGAUAAAAACAGUGCCCCUUCACGCCACUUGCAGCUGCUGCAGCGGCUGCAGCAGCUUCAACAGGAGCAGCAGCAGCAGCAGCAGGUACCAGCAGCCCGUCUUGAUGGAGAUACACUUGAGCGGGCUACUGUUGGGCUGUCUCUGCUGCAGUGCUGCGAGGCAGCAACUCUGCUGCUGCGGCUUGGGGAGGGGGCCCCCCAGGGGCCUCCUAAGGAUAUAAGGGAAACAGAGACGGCCAUAGAGCAUGCGGAGCAUGAGCAGCAGCAGCAGCAGCAGCAGCAGCAGCAUGAACAGCAGCAGCAGCAGCAAGAAGAGGAGGAGGAGCAGCAGCAACCGAGCUUCAAGAUGAGGGUUGUGGCGGAGAGGCAACGAAGGCUUAGUCCCCAAUUACAGUUAAGGAUGCUGCUAGGAGGAGUAAUCCUAAGAGACAAACAUAAGCACAAAUUGCUGGAGGCAGCAACAGCAGCAAGACAGCAGCUGCAGCAGCAGCUGCUCGCUCUCCUUAGCCACACCGAUGUUCUGCUCCAUCUAGGGGGGCCCACUAAGGGGCCCCCUGAUGAGACAAAAGUGCCUCCUCCCCUCCCUCUUGAAGGGAAGGAGACACGCGAGGGACCUUUUACGCAGCAGCAGCAGCAACAGCAGCAGCAACCGCAGCAGCAGCAGCACCAGCAGCACCAUGGGGUAGGCUCUAGCAGGAGCAGUGAGGGCCCUCAUGAGCAACUGAUUGCUGCAGCAGCAGCAUUAGGGUUUCCUUGUUUUGUCUCCUCUGAUGGUUGGUUGCUGCUGGGGGCACCAGGAAGAGACACUGAUGUGAACAGUGACGCAGUGGGCUAG